UUUCGCAAAUAAUAAAGGGAAAGAAAAAAAUCGUUGUAGACUGACAAAGAAGUCCACAUAUCAAAUUUAACCUAACCGGAUUUAACCAAUAUAAUAUUAACCAAAUCGAAUUUAAACCAAACCUCUUUUAACCUAACCAGAAAAGUUACCCAGAAUAUAAAUACGAUUUGUUAAGCUUUUUGGGGUAAAAAAAACCCUAAUCCCCGCCGUUCUCUCUCUCAUGCGAUUUUCGGGGAGAUUUCCGGCGAACUCUAGCCACACCGUUUCCGCCGCUUAAACUAGUCGUUGUCCACUCCGUCGCUCUGGUAAGUUAAAUGUCUUCGGCUUGUCUUCGGCUUCGUCCGCUCCGUUGCUAAAAGUAACCACCUUUACCUUUUUCUUUUUCAGAUCUGAGCCGGCGACUUCCAAAUCUCUGCUUCCUGUCAGUCUCACGGCUUCUACUCUAGCGAGCUAACAAACUGUGUUUCAUCUUUCCAGGGAACGAACGGUACGUCAUCUCUCUAUGUCUUCUCUCGUUUAACUAAUAACCUAACUAGUUGACUUAUAUUCCUGUAACCUCUCUCUUAGUUUGUUAACUAACCUAUUAGUUUCUUCUCUAAUCCAUUUUCUGCUUCCGGUCAGUCUACUUUAAGGUACAAAUCAUUGUUGAUAUGUAGACAUAUUUUUUGAAUUGUUGUAUACUGUUUUUGGCUUCCGUCGAAGGAUGACAAAUUUAGUUUGGUUAGAUGGUUUCGUAUUCUCGAUUUAUGAUAGAGUUUGGGUUAUUAAUUUAGUUUGAAUGGUUAAUUCUCGUGUAGACUUCAUUUUGAUUUGUAGACUUCUCUGAUAGACUUCAUCUUGCAUUGUAGACUUCUCGGGUAAACUUCAUCUUGCAUUGUAGACUUCUCGUGUAGUCUUCACUCUGCAUUGUAGACUUCUCUUGUAGACUUCACUCUGCAUUGUAGACUUCUCGUGUAGACUUCAUUCUGAAUUGUAGACUUCUCGCAUAGAAUUAAUUUUGAAUUGUAGACUUCUUUUAUUCGUUUGUAAACUUCUCUUGUGUAAUUUUUUGUUUUUGCUUUUUUGCUGCAGGUUUCAAAAUGGAUAAACUUGAUUUCCCACAAAGGCUGUAUAGUGUAGGCCAGGAACCUUUUCCGAAUAAAAGCAUUGCCUACUACAGCAAUGACAGCAAGCUCUUCCCUGCUCUUAAAGAAGCACUCGAGGCAGAUGAAUGGGAGGAGCUCAAGAACUCGAGAGUAGGAGUGUUCUUAAAGUUCCACGAAAUGAAGUUUGGAUGGGCUUCAAGGCUGGUGCACUAUAUACUGUGUUUUCAGCUUGACUGCAAGAAGAAGUUUGAGUUGUGGAGUCUCGUAGGUGUUGAACCAUUGAGGUUUUCUCUGCAUGAAUUUGAAGAGAUAACUGGCCUGAACUGCGAGUAUGUGAAGAAUCUCGAGAAUCCGUUGGUUGAGGUAACGGCUGACAUGAAAGCAUUUUGGGCGCAGAUGGGAGUGAAUUUCGACCGGGGGCCAAGUAUUGAUGAAUUAACUGCAGCGUGUCAGAUGUGCAGAACAUGGUCUCGAGAUGAUCGGCUGCGUUUAGGGUAUCUAGCCAUCUACGCUGGCUUCAUCGAAGCAAGAAGAACCUCGUCACCCACACGGGCUAGCCUGGCUAGGUUAGUGAUGGAUCUAGAUGCUUUUGAAGAUUAUCCGUGGGGAAGAGUAGCCUUUAAAUUCUUGAUGGAGUCGGUGAAGGGUGUAGACUUGACAAAGACGUAUGCUAUUGAAGGCUUUGUUCAGGUUCUUCAAGUCUGGGUCUACUGCUGUCUCCCUGAAUUCGGAGCUGGGUAUGGUCUCCCUAUAGAAGGUUCUCCGACCCCACCUCUACUUGCCUUCUUAGGUGCCAAAGGCCAGAGAAGACUCCAGGAGAAUAUCUUGAAACAGACUAGGACUAAGAACUUUGCUAUGAAGGAUUACUCUGAAAUGUUCCCUCGCUGGGAUGGUGAGCUGGAAGAUGAGAAGGCUGAUAACAUAGUGAAGGCAAUGUUUUCUUCAGGCUGGGCGUGGGAACAAAGUCACUGGCCUCUUGUCGGAACAAAACUGUGGACAAAUGUGAAGGUGGAGAUCCAUCCGAUGAAGACAGAAGCUGGUCAGAUGAUGCGAAGCUUGAAGACAGUGUCCCCUUCUCGCACAGAGUCUGAUGCAGAAUCACGCAAAAAGGCUCGUGAGUCCCCUGGCCUGGAUGUGGAGACCAUGAAAGGAGAAAUAGUUCGUUGGCUAACUAGCCUGACUUCUAAUAUGGUUGAGGGGCUGAGCAGAUGCGAGAACACUCUGAAGACACAAUCCCACAUGAUUGAGGGCCUUACAACUCAAGUGGGAGCUGUUGAGAAGAUGGUGCGUGAAGGUUGGAAAGAAGACCACACCAAAGCUGGUUCAUCUACUGAUGUACCUGAGGCAAACAAAUCUGAUGGAGACAAAGCUAAGAAGGACAGCGCUGAAGGAAGCAAAGGUGAUGAAAGCAAAGGUGAUGAAAGCAAAGGUGAGGAAAGCAGAGCCGAGGAAAGCAGAGCCGAGGAAAGCAGAGCCGAGGAAAGCAAAGCUGCGGAAACAGCUCCCAAAGGAAUGACAACAAGAGCCAAAGCUAGAGACACCCAAGCCACUGUGGUUAGUACCAAAACAUCUCCCAAACCACUCAAUCCGAAAAGAGGAAAAAAAUCAGUGAAAAAGAAGUAAC